AAAGACGGCUGGUAUUGGCUGGGUGUGGCCAUCUCCCUAGCUAAGGCGAAAGGCCUUUAUCAAGAUAUCAACAAUGAGCGAAUUAAUCCAACGUGUCACGCUAUAAGGAGGCGCUCGUGGUGGAGCUGCUGUAUCAGAGAUGCUCUUGCGUCGUUCUCUACUAAUCGCGCUGCUCGGAUCCGAAGCCAGUUUCAUACGGUCGCGUCAGUUACCAUGGAGGGUUUUCACAUCGAAGGAAAUCCA